CUCUCAAUUGCCUUUUCCGAUUCGGCGGCUCGGCAAGUUGGCUGCAAAACCGAGCAAUCCCGGCGAGUGGCCGAUGACGGCGGAGUCCCACGCGAACAAGUCGGCGCACGCUACCUCGGGCCGUCACCAACCGUCGCCGUCUUCAACUGCCCUCUUCUAAGCUCUCCCCCCAGCACCCAAACUCCGUUUCUUCGAGCAAGAAUUUGGCCAAUUCCACCCAAAUUUUGAAACAAUAUGCUUCCCUCUGCGAGACGAGUGCUGGCGACUCAAGCCUCCGGCGUCAUUGGCCGGGCGCCAGCUCUGAACCUCAGCGCACAUGCCCGCCAAAGACUGUUGUCGACCCUAGCCAUCUUGGAGCAGCGGGACGGACAGCUGAACCGUGGCUCAUUGAGCGCAUUCACGGCGGCCCAGAAGCUAGGUGGAGCUGUGCACGGCUUUGUCGCUGGUAGCAACAUCAAGAGUGUCGCUGCGGAGGCUGCAAAGGUCGACGGCGUCGAGAAGAUUAUCGCCGUGGAGAACGGCGCAUAUGACAAGGGACUCCCCGAGAACUACGCUCCUCUUCUCGUCGAGAACAUUAAGAAGGGCGGUUACACUCACGUCAUCGUUGGCCACACUGCAUUUGGCAAGAAUCUCUUGCCUCGAGUUGCUGCUUUGCUCGAUUCGCAACAGAUUUCCGACAUUACAGCCAUUGAGAACGAGAACACCUUCGUCCGACCCAUUUACGCAGGUAACGCUAUCGCCACUGUUGAAUCGUCGGACCUCAUCAAGCUUGUCACCAUCCGAGGGACCGCGUUCGCCCCUGCCGACCUCGCGUCAGGAUCUGCGACUGUUGAAGACGGUGUUGACCCCAAGGUCGAGUCGGCUACUGAGUGGGUGUCUGAGGACCUUGCCAAGUCCGACCGCCCUGACUUGGCUACCGCUGGUAGAGUCGUGGCUGGUGGCCGCGGCCUAAAGUCCAAGGAGGACUUCGACAAUGUGAUGCUUCCUCUGGCUGACGCCCUUGGCGCCGCCGUCGGAGCCUCCCGCGCCGCCGUUGAUAGCGGCUAUGCGGAUAAUAGUCUCCAGGUUGGCCAGACUGGCAAGGUCGUUGCCCCUCAGCUGUACGUGGCUGUUGGUAUCUCAGGCGCCAUUCAGCACUUGGCUGGCAUGAAGGACAGCAAGGUGAUUGCUGCUAUCAACAAGGAUGGUGACGCACCCAUUUUCCAGGUCGCGGAUGUUGGUCUUGUUGGUGAUUUGUUCGAAAAGGUGCCCGAGUUGACGGAAAAGGUCAAGAGCGCGUAAUGUCUAUGAUACACAUAUGGAGUGAGGUGUUAUACAACAAGUUAAAA